AGUUACGUGGCUUUUACUCCUACGGCCACCUUCCUCUUCCCCUUCAAUUGAAGAGCCAACUUUCCACCGCUGGUUUUCUUCUCCGUUCGGUCUUACAUGCCCUGAAUUUUCCUUCAUUUGAAAUAAUUUUUUCAAAUUCCUAAAUUUCAGUUCAUUAGUCAUGUGUUUAGGAGUUCAUCAAAUUCUUAAAUUUCAGAGGUCCUGUUUCUUGAUUUUUGCAGGAUAUGUUAUUGGUGUACGACAAAGGAACAAAGGGCAGCAAUUGCUGAACAGGGGGUUGCGAUAGCCCAAUUACAGAGCAAGAAGGAUCAGGCGGCACCGGAGAAGAAUAAGAGUGUUGCCGAACCACGGAGAGAAGAGGCUCAAAUGGUCGAAAGCAAUGGGUCCGGAGCUGGUUCGUCUACCGAGUAUGGACUUCCUUUAAAAGUAGUUUCCUACAGCAAAUUGUAUGGGUGGACAAUGGACGAAAUAGUGAAAUUGAUAGGCUUGAAGAGCAGCUGCACAUUUUGUGGUGUUUUCCGUCGGCAGGCCCUUGAUCGAGGUGCUGCAUUGCUAAAGGUAGACAAGCUCAUUACCGGACAUAAUGCAGAUGAUAUUGCUGAAACAGUCCUUUUAAAUAUUUUACGAGGUGAUAUUGCAAGGUUGAGUAGAUGCACAUCGAUAAUUACCGGAGAAGAUGGGCCAAUACCCAGAUGCAAGCCCUUCAAAUACACAUAUGAGAAGGAAAUUGUCAUGUAUGCAUACUUUAAAAAGCUGGACUACUUCUCUACAGAAUGCAUUUAUUCCCCUAAUGCUUACCGUGGCUUUGCUCGUGAGUUCAUUCAAGAUUUAGAAAGAAUGAGACCAAGAGCCAUUCUCGACAUUAUCAAAUCAGGUGAAGACUUUCGGAUCUCCACCUCUACAAAAAUGCCAAAACAAGGAACUUGUGAAAGAUGUGGUUAUAUAUCCAGCCAGAAAUGGUGCAAAGCAUGUGUCUUGCUUGAGGGCCUCAAUCGUGGUUUACCAAAAUUAGGGAUCGGGCGAAGUCGAGGGGGAUCAAUAGCGAACGUAACCCGAAUAUGGAACAAGCGAAUGGAACACAGAGUUUACAAAGCAAGCAGUGUGGAAGUUUGGACUUCUGAAUUCUCAUGUAGCUGCAUAAAUCAUUGUAUGCAGCUAAAUGAAGGGCUUCUCAGUGAUGAUCGUUGCAAUCGUUGGUUUGGAACAGCUAAAAGAAGGGCUUUAAUUAGGAGUUCCACAUUAAUAAAUCAUCUAUGUAGCUUAUUGUAUUUAUAGAGGUUGAAAAGAGCCUCCUAAAUUCAUCCGCAAUUUUUCAAAAAAUUUCAUACCGUCAGUUUUUCAAAAAAAUAUUCCUGCUGUCCACUGA